GGCAGAUGCAUGUCUUCCAUAUGUGUAGCAAUGCACUGGCAUUGAUCAAGAACUUGACAGACACGGACAUGGCAAGUCAGGGUUACCCAUCAGGGCGGCAACUUGAGGAGCAAGACGAAACAGAAUGGCCUGAAUGGUUGUCGGCGGGAGACAGGAGACUGCUGCAGGCGCCAACAGUUACCCCUGAUGUAACCGUGGCCGCUGAUGGCAGCGGUGACUUCCGCACGGUGUCGGAGGCGGUGGCGGCUGCACCGGAGAGAAGCACCAGGAGAUACAUUAUAAAGAUUAACGCUGGAGUGUAUACGGAAAAUGUGGAUGUCCCUACGAGGAAGACCAAUCUCAUGUUUGUGGGAGAUGGGAGGGUUAAUACCAUCAUCACUGCUAGCAGAAAUGUUGUUGACGGCAGCACCACUUUCAACUCUGCCACUGUGGGAGGGGGACACAGAGAGUGGAAAAUGGAGUAUUUGAUGCUGCUUUUUAUAUAGGCUAGGCGAAAACUUUAGGUCAUCUUAGAUUUUUUUUUUAAAAGAAGCAAUUUUUCAUUUUUUUUAGAGUUAUUUCCUAGCUUCUAAGAAACUACAAGUAAUCAAGUAUUUGUGGAAGUGAACUUUGAAGCGAUCUGUCUUUGGCUAAAAAAGGAAUUGUUCAAUAUUUUUAACGAGUCCACCAAUUCAAUCUUGGACGGCCGCUGUCUGAAGCUAACUCUUAGAUAAAUAAAACUGAAGCCUGGUCCUUGAGAAAAUGAAAGAUUAUUAAAUUCUCAACUACUUAGAUCUCAAAAUCUCCAUCA